UCCUAUGGUCCUUAGGAAGUCAGUCAGUAGGUUAGUGUGUCCGGGUAGGGCUACGUGGUGAGGAGUGGGACCCUUGUCGUGCACCAACACCACGAUGGAUGACUACCUGAUGUAUGGGUUGCUGGUUGGGUUCUCCCUUUGGGGGACCCUCUGGCGUCUCCUCUUUCCUCUGGGAUUAUGGCAUACCUUUCCGUGUAGAGUAGGGCCCACUCAAGGUGGUACCGCCACCCAACCAUACACGAAGGAGGAGGAGGAGAAGAUGGCCACCAUCUUGCAGGAGAGGAAGGAGAAGAAGGAGGUCAAAAAGAAGGCCUUGAAAGAAGAACAGGCGGCCGAAUUGAAGAAGAUGGAGGAAGAAAUGGCCAGGGAGAAGGAGAGGCUGAUAAAGGAAGAAGAGGAGAAGCUAAAGGAGGUGGAUGAAGAGAAGGAGGGACCACCACUGCAAAGGAGUGGGCAGCACAGCGGCCGCAGCAGUGAUGAGAUGGAGAAGAAGAUUUCGGAGUGGGUCGCCAACUUAUCCCUGGGUGAGGAAGAAGAGGUUGCUAUGUACAUCCCCAAGGAUGAGCAAGAAGCCGCCAUGAAGAAAUGGGAAGCAGAAGAAGAUGUUCUGACGCGGCGGGCGAUGGAGGAUGAACAAAGGAUGGUGUGGAAGCUCGCAGUGAUGAGGGAGAAGAAGAGAAGAGUGGAGGUGGCGAAUGCGGCAUUGCAGGAACUGGAGGAGGUGAGGGCUGCCGUAACAACACAAUUGAUUCCGCAAGUGGAUCUCCAACGUAAAGUGGAGAUCAUCGCCCAGAGCGUUGAGCGGUUAGCUAAAGUGCAAGAAAGGCACUUUGAGUUUAGUCGCAGCCAGGAGAUAUCUAUACGCUCGAUGCGAACGGGCUUACGGGAUUUUGCUCGCGAACUAGUAGGCGCUGUGGGAUCCGAG